AUAUUCAUACCUUAGUUAUUGUCGGGAUUCGCUGUUUUACAGAUAAAGUAAUGGCCGAUUUUGAAGAGAUGGACACCAUCAACCCUAUUUUUGACCUGGUUGUCUUCCGCUCCAUCAAGGAUAUCACCUCUGGUCUUGAGACUCUCCCGGUUACAUAUGAUCUGGGUUUGGAUUUCCACCCCCACACAAAUGAUUGGGUGGGCUUGUUUUAUUCGGGAUGGAGUUCUGUGAAGGACUAUUUGGAGUAUCGAUGGGCCCCGAUGUUGCCUCACAACCUAAACACUGUUCACAGAAGGCGCAGAUCUGUCAUUUUUCAGGUUUCCAGUUUUGCCGACGUACGGGAGGAAGACACCGACUUUUGUUUCCUGUACAUCACCAGGGACAAUCACGUUGUCGGAGUAAGCAACAACUUCCGGUUUCAAUCAUUGCCUGGGUAUGAGGAUGACCUUCACUUUGACGGCCUUGAGAAGAGGGCACAGGAAGACUCAUCCUUUACCUUUCUAACCAUGGAGCCGGGAUUUGAAUGUGAUAAUCAGUGUGAUGACCAGUUCUAUUUCAUUCCAAACAGAAAAAGAGGUUUAGAGGAUUCAUUUGAAAUGUUAAACAAUGAUCCACCUCCUCAAAAGAGGCGGUCAACCAAGGAACGAGUCAUGAUUCGAACUUCUGACCCGGAUACGCUGGUCUCGCUCUCCACUGACCAAUGGCAGAAUAUCUUUCGAAUUGUGUCGGAGAAAUCCAUCGUUAAGAAGGUGAACGGUGAUUUGAUAGUUUCCCAAUCCCCGGAAGUAGAACCCAUUUUUGAUAUCAGCAAAAAGCCCCUUUCCAUCACCUGGCACCCAAGUCUGCCGUUAACAUAUGAACAUAAGCUAGCCAUUCUGCCAAGUCCUCGUAGCGUCUUCAGUGUUCUAAGCCGGAACUCCAUGUCGUGUGCCGCAUGCGCCAUGGGGAAAUCUCUCAUUCAGGACUUAAUAGUGCAACACACUAAAAGUGAAAAAAGCAUUAGAAAAAUGUCUGAGCAGAUUAAAGUCUUGAAAGAGGAGGUAGAGGACCUACAGUUACGUCAAAGGCUUCAGAAGACCCUGGCAGAGUAUGAGGCAGGCCGUCAGAACAUGUAUCACCUGGAGGAACUGUUUGUCCAGAAUCAGGAACUGGAGGAAAAAAUCAGGACUAUGGAGUUUCAGAUGGAGAGCCUGAGAGCGGAGAAUGCAGAGGUCAAAGAUCAUCAGGUUAGCCGUGAUGAGGAGAACUCUCGUGAUCAGGAAGUUCUAAAGCUCCUGAAAGAGGGAUUCCAGGGGGUGUUGGAGAUUAAUGGUCGUACAUUGAAAAUCAAGGUCGAGGAUACCAAAGACGUCAGCUCCCACGAGGAAUGGAAAAUGUAUAUACCCAAGCGAAUGGAGCGCAUGCGCAAAACAAUCAACAAGCAAAGCAUCACAAUCACCUCCCUGACAAACACCGUGAUAAGACAAAGGGAUCGAAUGUCCAACCAGUCACAGCGCAUGCUCGAUAUCAAGAAAAAUCUGAAGGUGGUUACACAGAUGAAAGAGGAAACGGACACAAAAUUAGUGGAGGUCACCCAGAGAAUUCGCUCAUUGCUGAAGGACCGCGCCAAAUGUUUCACUAAUGAAUGGCGCCAAUUUGCACGCAAACUGACAACAGGUCCACUUCAAGAAAAGGAACCAAAGAACCGCGUCUUAACUUCCUUGAUGCGCUCCCCACCUAAUCAAGAUAUCACGUCCCGGAAAUCGCGGAAACCAGAGAGAAAGUGCGAGACGUGUGGUAUUGCGUUCAGUUCCGCCGUAGAUCCUCGCGUCAUAGAGGAACACCUUGCUUUCCACGUCACUUAUCAGAAAAAGCGUGACUGAGUCCCGGAGAAUACUGCUCUCAAUGGUUACCCUGGCUACGAUACUAGACUGUUAUUCUUCGUUGUUUCCUAUGUCAAUUUUUAAUUCCUUUUUAUUUUUUUUUUCCAUUUUUGUAUGUUGCAUGAUGAAUAAAAAAAGUGCUUUGAUAUUUAUAA